AUGUAUAACGGAAUCGGAGUUCAAACAGCUAGAGGGACAGGCACAUCCGGCUAUGUUCAAGCGAAUUUAUCGGCUCUGAACUUCUCUAGAGUAAGUUUGACUGUUUUCUUGGUUUUUUACGAUGUUUAGAGUAUUCUAAAUCUUUGCUGAAACGUUCAACCAUUUGUUAGGCAUCAAAUGCCAUGGAUAAGAUAAUUUUGAACUUUUCUUUUUUUCAGCAAAGGAAGACCUACAACACAGAAGACGAUAUCGCCAAAGCAGAAGCCGAGGUCAACAAGAAGCCAAAUUUGGAGCUAUUGGAUCACGAAUAUAAAAGAAGAAUUGAGAUCAAAUGUAUGGAACUUCAAGAUCUGAUGGAAAAUGAGGUAAGUCUCUAUUUUUUCAGUGUUUUCUUGAUUUUUAGAUAGCCUCCAAAUGAUAAGACGUUUUUUCGGCUUCCCGAACGAUUUUGAAUUGGUUUAUACUCUGUUUUGGCAGUAUUAUUACCUUGCUCUGUUUCAGGGGUCAGCUCAAGAGGAAAUUGACACAAAAGUUGGUGAAUACCGAAAAUUGUUGUUCGAGGAAUUCGAGAGUGGAAGAAUGAACCUUGACCAUGAAUUGGACAUUCGGAACAGCCAUUCUCGAGCUAAAGUUGCCAAGGAUAAAAGGGAUCGGUUCCGGAAGGCGUUCGGGAUACGAUCAGACUUUGUUGAAGGAACUUCGAUGGCAAAGUAAGUCUUAUGUUUUGUGUUUGGAUUUUAGAUAGCAUGUAGAAGCUUUGUGUAAUGUUUGGGCGUAUUCUGCAACACAUAGCGACAGAUAUUUUUCGAAUUUUUGUUCUGUUUGUGUUACUAAGGAUGAAUAAUACAAUUUCCCCUGGUUACUCUUAAUUUUUCAGUAUGAAAAAGCCCGGUGACCAAGCAGAAGCUGCUCUGAAGGAGGAAGAAGACGAAGAUCCCGAAAUGGCAUUGAAAAAGAAGCUGUUAGAGCAGAUUCGAGCAGAAAAAGAGGCCAAAAAGCAGAAGAAAGAGCAACGAAAGAAGAAGGAAGAAAAAGACGAUAAAAGGAAGAAACAUAAGAAGAGGAGAAAGCAAGAGUCAAGUUCAGAAGAUUCGUCGUCGUCUUCUUCCUCAUCUUCGUCGAGUUCCAGCUCAGAUUCAAGCGAUUCCGAGGACAGUGAGGAAGAGAGGGUAAGAUUUUAGUUUUUUGUUGAAGUUUAGGUAAUACCGGAUGGAAAAUACUGUGAAAUAGAAGUUUCCUUUCUUAUAUGUGUAUUUGACACUAUUUCCUUAUUUUUUUCCUGCGAUUUUAGUUUAGUUUUUAGAUUUUUUGGUCAUGGAUAAUAUAAUUUUUUUCGUUGAAAUUGUAUUUUUUAUUCCAAUUGUGUUUAAUAUGAUGUAUUCUACCUUCUAACCCAAUUUACUUUCAGAAACGACGCAAGCGAAAGCACAAGAAAUCCAAAAAGUCCAAGAAGUCUUCACGAUAA